AUGGAUAUCAACAAAAAAAUAAACAAAAGACUAGAUAUAAAUGGAUAUAGUGUAGAAGCUAGAAAAACAAAUCAGAUAACAAAGUUAAUAGGAGCAUUUCUCGAAGAACGUUUCAUAAGAAAGGUUAUAAUUAGUGGCAGCUUUCCAGAAGGGUCGGAUCUAUUUGGAAGUGACUUUGAUGUUAUGGAAGUGGUUAACGAAUUUACUGUUAUAGAAGAGAGAUGCGGAGGUAUUAAUCAUGAUUUAUUACAAUGUUUUCAACCGAUACCUGUUUAUAUUUCCAGACAUGGAUGCAGUUUAGGAUAUUGCAAAAUAAAAAUCGAUAAUUAUACAAUUUCAAUGCUUAAAAAUAUAGGCAUUACUCGUGUUCUCAAAGGAGUAAAGAUAUCUAAACUGAUAGAAAAAAAGAACAAUGUCUAUUUUCUCUCAAGUAAAUUGUUCCGUGAGAAAGUCCUUCCAGGUGGAUAUGUUCCUGAAAGUCCAAACAAAGCAAUAUUUACAUGUAAUGGACCAGCAAUGACUUGUGGUAAUUUAGAUACAGUCAUAUGUUUAGAAAUAAACCAAUGGCCUUCCGAAGCAAUUAUAUGGAAGACUCGUAAAAGAAAGAACAAUUGGCCGAGCAAAAAUACUUUAGAUUCGUUAGAUACAAACGUCUCCUGUUAUGUUGUUCCGAUUGGUAGCAAAUCAUCUAGAGAACAAGACAUGGAAUGGAGGAUUUCAUUCACAGCCAUUGAGAGACAUCUGAUAUGGAGCAUGAAUGAUACACAGUUCAAAUGUUUUGUACUACUGAAGGCACUUAACAAACAAUACUUGAAAGACAUAUCGUCUUAUCAUAUUAAAAAUGUUGCACUUUGGCUUUGCGAAGAAACUCCUGAAACUGAUUGGAAAAGUGAACUUUUGGUUCACUGUGUACGAAACGGUCUUCUUAAGUUAGCCGAAUACGUUGAAAAGGGUAUUCUCCCUCAUUAUAUUAUUCCGGAAAAAAAUCUUUUCCUUCAUAAAAAUAAUGCCGAAAAAAAGGAAGCGAAAACAUUAAUCGAUGAUGUUCUCAAUAACCUAAACAUUAAAAUAAACUUGGAAAAUUUAAGAUACCGAGUUCAAGAAAUUCGGCUUGCCUUAUUGUGUAGAAAUAACGACAUUAGACGAGAAAAAUAUACUUCACUUGAACAGUUCCAUUCACUUGCAGAAUAUUUCGGAAGAUACAGCAUUAUUCCAAUGGCUGUCACAUCUCCAGGAUCUUUGAACCAAUCUCUUGUAGAACCCACUUGCGAAAGUAUAGAAAUAACAUUUGGAAAAGAUGGCAAAGAUCUUUCGCCCUGUAUACGUCUAGCGUUUACUACUUCACAACUCAAAAAGUGUCCCCGUCCGCCAGAACAGGAAAUCGACAGUUAUAUCUCUAAGAUACUGAAAUUUAAGGAAUUUGAUUACUUGACAGUGCCAUUAACAUGUGCAGUAAUAUACUUUGAAUACAGGAGGUUUUCUGAUAUAAGGAGCAUACUUUUACCAAAAUUGCAAGAUGAGUCUGGCAAAUAUUAUAUAACACCUUUCUCUACAUGGCCUUGCUCAGCUAUAUGUUUAAAAACAGGGAAACUUAAAGACUUUCUUCCAAUUCUACGAUCUUGUGAUCCCGCUAGAAAUCGACAAAAUAUAGUGCUAAAUUUUCCAUUUUAUUGGGACGACCGUGACAGUAUUCCUUAUCCUUUGCAACUUCAGAUAUAUUUAUUUGGACCCAGAUGUAACAUUCAAUGUGACCCGCUUAUUCUGAGCUGCUAUUUAUUAUAUUUGUGUGCAUAUAACCUGAGACUAUGUAAAGAAAAGAAGUCAAUGCAGAAAGUCUUUGAGAACGCAUUGUCAACUUACGAUUUUGAUAAUUAUUUUCACUUUGUGCAUUUGAACUUAUUUGGUCAUAUGAAAUACGUAUCGGGUGACAGAAAAUCGUCCUUCAAAUAUUUUGCAAAAUCUAUAAAAGUUUACCCAGCUGUAAAGAAUGCAGCUGUAUAUCACAUAGCUUUCAUGAUAAAUGAUCUACUUCAAACAAAAUGA